AUGCCUUGCAGUUCGACUGUCAGAAUGCUACUUGUUCUCCUCUCGCUCCUCGGCCUCGUCUCUGCGCACACGGUCAUCACAUAUCCUGGCUGGAGGGGAGACAACCUGAAAUCGAAUGGCACCACAGUAGAAACAAAUGGGCUGGGACAAUAUGCGAUUGGGAACUCCGUCGCACAACAGGACUAUCUUUACCCUUAUGGAAUGCAAUGGAUGUAUCCGUGCGGCGGUAUGCCCACCUCGGAAAAUCGAACCAAAUGGCCUUUGAAAGGCGGUGCGGUCGCGUUCCAGCCGGGCUGGUUCCAAGGCCAUGGAACCGCCUUCAUUUACAUCAAUCUUGGUCUCGGGACUACUCCUCAAAAUAUGUCCAAUGUCAUGCUCAACGGAGUGCAAAUUAUUGGGCCCAGCAAAGAUCCAUACCCAGGAAGUUUCUGCUUCCCACAAGUUCCCCUUCCUGCCAACGUCACGGUCAAUGUCGGAGAUAAUGCGACCAUCCAACUUAUCGAAACUGCAGUUCAUGGUGCCGCCCUGUACAAUUGUGUCGACAUCACCUUUGCUGAACCCGAAGAUGUCCCAGAAGUCAAUGCCAGCAACUGCUUCAACUCAAGUCAGAUCACGAGCAACCUGAUCUUUACAACCUCGUCUUUGUCAUCAGACUCAAUAGAACUAUCAACUAGCCGGUUUGCCUAUCUGAGCACGGCAGUGGCCGUGACUCUCGGCCUGCUACUCCUGUGA